UGAAGUCUACAUUUCCUUGUGCGUAGUUCCUUUUCACGGACUUUCCAAGGCAGAACACACGCAGAAAAUCCUUUAGUUCUUUCCGUCUGAAAAAAGUGCUGAAAAGACAAUGGAAUCUUUCACAGACCCUUACUCUCACAGAAGUGUUCCGGUGGAGAUGGACGAGUCUAUACCAUUCCAGGAGUUUGUGUGCAAGCUGAGGAUGCAGGAGGACCUGGAGCACAGUGUGGAUGAGGCUGAGCAAGGUGGACAUGACCUCACAGAUUCUGCAGUGACGGUUUAUGAGGCCAGAUGCCACUACGAGGGACUGGACACCAGGGAUGUAUGGGGUGGGUCUUUUCCAGUGGCUGCGUCGUCAUGUCCUCAGCACUUCGACAGGACUCAGCAGAGACGCCAGGUGUAUCCAUGUCACACCCCACAGUUCUCACAAAGUCUCAUGGAAGCAAGAGGCCAGCAACCUGAUGUCAGUAUCCAGCCCAACAGAAAAGGGCCUCAAGAGGAGACUGGCACUGCCAGCUCUGCAUGUCAGGCUCGACCCCUGGAACUCCCCAGUAAGGACACCGGUUACGAAUCCCAGGCCCAGAAGGAUAAUGGAGACCUUGAACCCCCUCUGCCUCUGAGGUCUGAUAUUGGCCUCAAAUCUGGACCUCGGUGCCCACAGAGUCAUGGCGCAUGUUGUGGCUCCUGCAUGCCACCACAAAGUUUUCAUUACCAGGACGGCAGGUAUUGUUCGCGGUCCCUUCACCGGUUCCCAGAAGUAGGUGUCGAUUCCAGGAAGCCGGUGCUGUUUGACCAUAUUCGGCACCCGUACCAAGCCCGCCUGGCCCCCGGGGGACUUGGAUGUUUUCCAAGGGCAAAUUGCUGGACCCAGCUGGGCAGGAGGCCAGUCCAGCAGUGCUCCCCUGAUGCCACUCCUGGUGUCAACACUCCGCGCUACACCGUCCCUCCGCAAGAGGUCAUGUCAGAGGUCAGCUUGGUCUCCUCACCGCAGCAGACUUACACCUCCUGUCAGGCUCAAGGCAUGAGGAAGACCGUCAGUCUACCAGAUGAGUGCCGGAAUGUUUUUAUCACCUAUUCUGUUGACACAGCCCCUGAAAUGGUCCCCUUUGUGGAAUUUCUCACUAAAUAUGGCUUUCGGCCAUCUAUUGACAUAUUUGACAACCCCGUAAGACGCAUGGAUAUCAACAAGUGGAUGGACAGCUUUUUGAAAGACCAAUCGGUGCUCAUCAUCAUAGCCAUCAGUCCUAAGUACAAGGCAGACGUUGAGGGUUCUGGGCUGGAUAAACAUGGUCUGCACACCAAAUAUAUCCACUCUAUGAUGCAGCAUGAGUACAUCCAGCAAGGCAGCUUAAAUUACAGAUUUAUUCCUGUUCUUUUUCCAAAUGCAUCCCAGAAACAUGUCCCAGGAUGGCUCCAGAACACCCGGAUCUAUAGCUGGCCCCGUGAUGCUGAGGACAUCCUGCUCAGGCUGCUCAGAGAAGAGAGGUACAUCCCUCCACCUCUGGCCCCCUCACUGACGCUUGUGAUCCGCCCUGCUAGCUUGGACCAUGCUGUCACUUCGUAAUAAUCCAUCAUUGAACUUCUGUAACAGCCUGUUUGCCCUGUCAUUGAAAUUGUGUGUUCGUAUGGGUUGUAUAUUAUUUUCUUCUUUUACCUCAGCCCACAAAUUGUGUUUCACAUAUUACAUUAUAUUUUUCUUAUUAACAAACUUAAUUCCCAUUUUUAAGGUAAAAGUCAUGCAGGAUUAUUGACCACAAUUUUAACACUUAAUUUGAUAAAAGCUUCCUUCAGGCACAGUAUUCUUGCCAGAAGAAUUCUGAUGGGUUUUCGGAGAAAACAUAUUGUCAAGUAAUUUUUGGACUUGUUACAUUGUCUCUAAAAGCCUUUUUAUCUACCAUCUUUACUACCUCCAUUUAUCCUGUCUUCCUGCCUGAUGAUUUAAAUUUCAGUAUUUGUGAGUUGAUGCUACUGGUCUCAUCCUACCCAUCGAGAUGCACAGUGGACAAAAUCAAUUUUCAUGUGACCAUGAGAAGACCUGCAUAAACCUUAAAAUAUGCAAAACAUGCACAGUUAGAAAAGUUUGGAUCUUUAGGCAGUUGCAUAAAAAUUAUAUUGUAUAUCCACAUGUACAUUUAUGAGGUGUUUGCUGCUUGCUUUCUUCAAAGGCCUUUCCACUAAUUCAGAUAAAGUAGAAAGACAAACACUGGCUCCUCCUUCUUAAAAUUGCUUUUCAAAUAUUUUUCAAUUAUUUUUAAUUGUGCUUUUUAAUCUCUUUUCCGAAAUCUCUUUGCUACAGAGAAAAUGUCUGUAUUUACAUGU